CAUUCGUGAGCUUGAGCUCGGAAAAGCUCGUUGCUUGUGCUAUGCUUAUGCACUCGGACGAGCGACGACGCGUGGGUUGCUGCGGCGUCUCGUUUUCUUCGCAUCCACUAGCGGCCGGUCUUCGGCUGAGGUUUCCAACGCAGCAGCACAGUGGCCGAUGCUCCAACACUUCGCGAACCGUAUCCAGGCAGGAACGAGUGCGACGAUGGCAGUGCUGCUGGGCCUAAUAUCCGGGAACCUUGCGUUUCCGGGUGCAGCGGAGUUGGCGGCUCACAUGGACGAGAUACUGCCGCCGGAGCAAAUCCAAGACGCUCAGGAGGAAGCGCCCGUGGCCGUGGCUGCCCCCCGGCGGCCCUACUCGUUCAGCUACACGGCGACCGACCCGCGGGACGGCUCGUCGCACGGCCGCUCGGAGUCGGCGGACGUGACGGGACGCGUGACGGGCUUCUACACGCUGCGCACGGCCGACGGCCGCAGCCGGCGGGUCAACUACGUGGCCGACGAGCGCGGAUUCCGCGCCGAGGUUCUCACCAACGAGCCCGGCACGGCCAGCCUCAAUCCGGCCAACGUGGUCUUCAGGUCUUCGGCCAGGCUGCCGUUCCCGUCGCGAGGGCCGUCGAGUAGCGCAGCUGCAUCGGCAGCGGCGGCCGCGGCGUCUGCGGCCGCCGCCUCGGCGGCGACUUCGUACGUGCCGGUGUCAGUGGUGCUGCCGUCCCAGUCCGAGAGGCAUACGGCGAGGACCAUCACGGUACCGCCGGGACACAGGGCCAUCAUCGUGCCCAUCGAGCAGGAGGACGACGCGGCCGGGAAAUGAAGCGCCACUGACCUCCUCCUCCUCUGCAUUCCCGUCAUCGACAUCUGGACAGCUUGAAGAACCCCGCCAACGGCAGUGACCGGCCCACUUCUUCUCGUUCUUUUCCCCCUUUUUCGUUCUGUUUGUAAAUUUGCGUGUUUUAAGACCGAGUAAUAAACCACGAAA